CGUCGAGUUUCGAGGCACUGUCGGCAUCGUUCCGCAAACACGUGUGUGCAAAACCAUUCUUUGCAAUCUAGUCACAAGUGCGCGCAGUCGACUCGAUAUUGAUCCGGUGAUCUAAUCGAUUUUACCAUUCCACGAUAUUAAUAUAAUACGUUCUUAAUGACCAAUAACGUGGCGAUAAAAAACGUCUGCCAUAAGGACAUAAUUGAACAUAGUUCAAUAAUUAAAUUUAAACCAAAGUGUAUAACCUUCACUAUAGUGUGUUACACGUAUUAAAAAUCGGCGGUAGAGACUAGUAAUAAAUGAUACCAAUCGAGGCUUGGUUGUGACGCGAAAUAUUUCGAGAGAUUUCAAGCUUGGUUAAAUAUCGGCAAAUAAACUGGGAAUAGACGGUAAUCAGUGAGAAUUGCAUCGAUGCAAUAAAUGUCAGUGCGAAAUUAAAAAUGGCGGCGACUUCCGAGUCCCAGGAUAAUUAUUGAGGAACUCUUUACGAGGGAAUGGAUUUUCAGAGCGCUAUGGACACGUUUGUAGAGGCAUGGAUGGCUGCAAAUACGAAAACGGAUCAAGUACAGAGCCAAGCUUUGGCAUUGACACACAAGGCCUCUCCACCUUCGAGGCCGAGUAGUGUGUCCUCGUUACCCAGGAGUCCCCAGUCUCACCAAUCCCAACAGUCUCAGCCGCAGAACACUACUCAGCUUCCGCCGGUGCAUCCUCAUCAAUCGCAGACACCCCUAAGCGCGCCCCAGACACCGUUUUCUGCGCACAAUCAACACCCCAAGCAAGAAGCAAAUACAAGCCCCAAACAGGAGGGAUUCGAUCUCAGCAAAUCUACCUCCAGCACGGGAAAGAAUCUUCCAGUGCAUUGUGUAGUCGAGACGAUUCACAACAUCGUAGAAACCCAUGUAAGCAACUCUCGUGAAAAUUGGCGGAGACCUCAAGUAGAAACGGACUCUUACGUUAUCAUCCCUGUGGCUAUGCCUUUCCAAGUAAUAGCUUUCAUUAAUAGUCUGGGAUACUCUAGCGACUUGAUACCAAGUGCCAGAGGAAGCAUCGUCAUAAGGAACUGGAAGCCUCUGCCGAUGGAAAAGGUUGCGGAUGGUCCUCUGUUAACCGUGGGCGAUAUCCUAGCUGAGUUAACAUCGGUCGCCACUUUGAAGAUCCAAGUGUACAGGUCGAGACCUCCACCGCCUAGUCCAGCAGCCGAAGUUAGAAACAAAUUGUUGAGACUAUUGUUGCUCCAUAGUCACGCUCUUCUCGUCUCAGCUGGCUGCCCCCUGGACGAGAUGACGUUAUUAUCAUUGUGCAGAGGUGGAAACGAUUUAUCGGAAGAAACGAAACGAAACUUCGAAUCAUGGUUGCAACAGCAACAGUUGGGCUUAGGCCUAAAUCCUAUGGUACCCUCGUCGAACCAUCACCAACACCACGCACAGAGCCCUCAGCCGGACGGCGGUGGAACUAUCGGUCCGCCAGGUGGUGCUAUUGGCCCGCCGCAUCCGGCGCUUCUCCAAUACUCGCAUAAAACUAGGAUGAGAACGAGUUUCGAUCCCGAACUGGAGUUACCGCGGCUACAGCGAUGGUUCGGUGAGAAUCAACACCCGUCACGUCAACAGAUUCAACACUACGUCUCGGAAUUGAAUGCCCUAGAGUCUCGGCGAGGCAGGAAGCCCUUGGACGUAAAUAACGUUGUCUACUGGUUCAAGAAUGCCAGAGCCGCUCAGAAGAGGGCUGAGAACAGGGGUGUCAAUGGUUACAGCCCUCCUGGGCUCAGUCCGAGAGGCGCCAGUAUUGUCAGCGAAGAUUGUACAGACGAGGAAGAGGAUUCGAGGAACCAGUCGACGUCGCCUUCUCUCUGUCCACCCGGAAGCCCACCAGUUGGUCCAUUGUCACUGACGACCAGACCCGAGGAUCAACAACCUCCACCUUCAACGCCAUCCUCGGUGAAACAAGAAGAUGCCAGGGUAUCCUCUGGUUCAGAAGACGACGAGACAAGACCGACCGGUCCUCUGCCCCCUGGAUUUUCUCUGGUUCCCAGUUCAAUGUUCGGCCAUGGAAUAAUGUAUAUGUCACCUUAUCUGCCGCCACGUGGACCAGCUGGUUGUUCCACCAGCAUGCUGGACGAGAGGAGGAAAAGGAACCGGACGUUCAUCGAUCCUGUAACGGAAGUGCCGAGACUCGAAGCUUGGUUCACUCACAAUACUCAUCCUAGUCACGCGUUGAUACUGAAAUACACGGAGGAUCUGAACCAGAUGCCGUAUCGACAGAAGUUUCCGCGGCUGGAACCAAAAAACGUGCAAUUUUGGUUCAAGAAUCGCCGGGCCAAGUGCAAGCGUUUAAAAAUGGCCCUGUUCGAGGGCGAAUCACCGCAACCGCACCCAUAUCACGCAGACUAGCUCGCCCCCUAUCCCUCAUGUAACGUAACGUAGGAACAGCCAAGAUGUCGCGAGGCAUCAUCAUCUAUGUACCGUAAAACGGAUGGAGAGGCACGUUAAGGAGGAGAAACAUCGUUAAUCAACCUGUUAUUCUUUAAUAUCGUUGACUCGCGACCAUAUUCGCCGGUCGCCAU